UCUGAACUCAAAGAAAGCGCAGCAGAGAAGGAGGAAGCAGCCAAGUGCCGAGUGCAAAGCGACCUGAAAGCCACCGCAAGGAGACCAAAGGGCCGCGGGCGUGCUGGAGAGCUGAGGACAGCAGGGCUUCACCCACCUUGACUUGAGCGACCGGGAGAGCAGGUCUGAGAUGAACCUCAAAAGAGAGCAGAAAUGGGCUCUGCUGCUUUGGCUCCUCAGCCUCGUCCUGCCCACGUUCAGCAAAGAUCACGGGUGUGAAGAGGAAUUCUUUGAGAAGGUCGCCCAGUGCAACAGCCGCCCAGCCAGCGGGUCUGGUGACGGACUUGUCCAGUGUGCCACCAACGUGUCCUGCCAGGUGUCCACUCAGAUCACUCUCGAUGUGGACGAGUGCCAGCUGUUUCCGGGCCUCUGUGGCUCCAACGCCAAGUGCACCAAUACUGAGAGCGGGUAUUACUGCAGCUGCCACCAAGACUAUCUGCCCAGUACGGGCACCAAAUGGAUUGUAAAUAAAACCCAGUGCCAAGAAAUUCAAGUGAAGAAUUUUAAAGGUGACUGCGAACUUUCUAACCCCAAGAACACCUCCACGCCUGAGUUGUGCUUCCUCUUGAACUUCAGCCAGGGGUUAAAUCAGAACUUCGACGGGAGCAUCAGCUCCACACAGCAGCUGCAGCAAGUCGUGUCGGUCCUGGCCACGCCCGUUCGGACCACCUCUCUGUGGAAGAACCUGACUGUAGAGCAGAAAGCGCUGGCAGCGGACACAUACCUGAAGAAUGCGGAGAAGGCUGUCUUGAGUCUAGUAGACAAGUCUGUGGGGCAACCAAGAACAAAAGUGACCACUGAAAAUCUAGCUGUGGAUGUGCUGAGGAUUCCAUUCAACGAGACGCUGCUGGACACAACGGAGGUCUUAGAAGCGGGCGAGAACAAGCUGGAAGUGGAGGUCCGGAGUCUUUUUGAGGACAAAUCCAAAGGCUUCUCCAUGAUCAGCUUAUUGUCCUUUUCUGGAAUGGAGUCCAUCUUUAAUAGGAACUUCUUAGGGAACGCAAACCUCUCCCAGGUGGUGGCAGUGGCCUUGGACAGCGGGCACCCAAGGAAUCUCUCUCAGCCCAUCAAGAUUUACUUCUCCCACAAAAAGCACCAACGAGGUCACGUGCAGUCAUUCUGUGUCUUCUGGAGGUUUAAUGGACAGGUGGGCUCCUGGUCCCAAGAAGGCUGUGACAUCUUCAACUUGGAUGACAACUUCACCGUGUGCAGGUGCAGCCACCUCAGCAGUUUUGCAGUUCUGAUGCAAAUGUCGGAGUCCAAGAAAUCCGAAGAUCCCAUCCUGUCCCUAAUAAACCUCAUCCUGAUCACCACAUCCCUAGUGUGCCUCACCCUGGCGAUUGUCACCUUCCUCUUCUGCCGCUCCAUUCAGAAGGCCACCAAAGCCAUCCACUUGCACCUCAGCCUCUGCCUCUUUGUGGCACACCUGCUCUUUUUGGUGGGAAUAUCCAGGCACAGCAUGAAGGUCCUGUGCUCCGUCAUCGCCGGCCUGCUCCACUACUUCUACCUGGCCUGUUUCGUCUGGAUGUGCCUGGAGGGGGUGCAGCUCUUCCUGCUGGUCCGUAACCUGAGAGUGGUCAAGUACAGCACCCGGCAGGGCAUGCGGCGCCGGUACCUCGUGCUGAUGGGGUACGGGGUCCCGGCAGUCAUUGUGGCCGUAGCGGCUGGGACAUUUUCAAAGGGCUAUGGAAUGGACCAGUUCUGCUGGCUGAGCAAAGAGAACGGGUUCCACUGGAGUUUCCUCGGCCCCAUUUGCUUUAUCAUUACGGUCAACAUCAUCCUCUUCAUCUCCAUCCUGUGGAUUCUGCGAUCAAAGCUGGGCGACCUCAACACCGACGUGUCCAAAGUCAAAGACAAGAGGAUGCUGACCUUCAAAGCCGCCUCUCAUUGCUUCAUCAUGGGCUGCACUUGGAUCUUGGGCUUCUUCCAGGAGUUCAUAGUGUUUGAAUACCUCUUCAUCAUCGUCAACGCCCUGCAGGGACCCUUCAUCUUCCUCGUGCACUGUGUGCUCAACCACCAGAUUUCUGCCUGGACCUGCUGAUCCUGACCUCCACGUCUGCCACGGCUCACUCUUGUCCUGCUGCCCCUCAAUCCAAAUCUGCCCGCUUCACCCACCAUUGAAUGGUCAUCCUGGUCUGAGUGACGGCGGGGAGACUUAUGGUGGGAUGCACCUUCCUGCAGUCGACAGUCCAAGUGGUCUUGUGUUGUCAAAGAGAUGACCGCCAGGAGGCAACUGAGAUGACCGGAAAUGCAUGGCAUUGCCACCUCAGUGCUAACCUGCUGUUUCCACC